AUGGCUGCCGUCCCGCUCCAGGCCCCCGUGCCCGCUCUGAGAGACGCGACGGCAGCGGCGGAGGCGCCAGUUGGGGCCUGGGAGCGCGACCAGCGUCGACGUGUUGCAGCCCAGGCAGUGAAGCACGACCCGAUCGACGGCGACUCCGUCACGGACGACGGUAUGGCCCUCGGUGCGGAGGCGGCUGCGCCAGGAACAGCCCAGGUUGCCGCUCCAGGCCCUCGCCCGCCACCGCCCGAGGAUCCCGCGCAGAUGGGCUUGGCGAGAUACAUCAUCAGUUCACUGGAGGUCUCGACGGGCAGUCGCGUCCAGAGCAUAGAAUCCAGCGUGACCAGUCUCAAGAAGACCUCGGAGGCGAGUGCGCGGGACAUUGCGAGUAUCCAGGCGAGGCUCAGGUCGCAGGAGGCGGGGCUGGAGGCGAUCGAAACGGGCAGGGCCUCCUCGGCGGCGAUCACAGCAGCUUCCCGUCCAGGCUUAGGUGGUGCUCCCUCGAUGGCGGACCCCUGGAGCGCGUACCUGCAGCAGCAGCGUGACGGCGUAGGAGGCCCGCCACCACCAGCCAACCGCCCGCAACGAUUGGGCAAAAACGCCAAGCACGUGGUUUUCGUGGCGGAUUUCCCAGGCACCUGGGACAAGGAGGAUGUUGAGCGACACCUGACGACGGAGCUGGCCAAGUCUUCUUCCUUGGAGAGCCAGGGCAUCAGAGAGAUCUACGGGGUGGGCAGGUUCUGUGAUCAGGCCAAAGUAGUCUUCGCGGACAACGACAAGGGACAGAAGAUUCCUUGCCAGGGCGCCCGUAACAGUAUGUUAUGGCACAAGGUAGACCAGGAGCCCCAUGAGGUGGAUAUCAGCCGCAAGGUGAGCUUCGCGGUGCGCAUCCUCGGGGAGUUCGGCGUGGCAAACGGGCUGUGCACGGAAGAGAACAAGAUGCGCACCUUCGAUGGAGACCGGGCCAGGCUGCUGCUGCGCGCGCGGAACACGGACUUGCUCGAGAUCUGCCAGGACCCAAUGACGCUCGCCUUACUGAACCAGGAGCUAAGUGAGAUGAAGCUUCAG